AUGGCAUGCUUGGCGAUGCAGCAGGCCAAAGGCAUGAGAGGACCCGCUCUAGUACGGGCUCAGGAACAUCACGUCAAUGCUCUGAGAGCAGUGAGACGAGCAAUCGCAGACCCAAUAGAGGUGGAAAACGACCAAACACUCGGUGCAGUUCUCAUGCUCGCUUUUUACGAGACCUUGAUGUCCAAGGAUUCGAUGAAAGAAUACAUGAGCCAUGUCAAAGGCGCUGCCAAAAUAAUUCGAAUGCGCGGCCAAAAGUGCCUUGAGACAGACGAAGGCCGGGAAAUGUUCGCCUUGACCCGCAAUCAGUGUAUCCUGAUACAGAAUCUAUUCAAAGGAACAGAGAUGUCUGAGUAUUCAUGGCUGUUGCAUAACGAGACGAGUCAACGCGUAAAUCGCGAGACAGCCGAUAUGAACAUUUAUUACACCCGGCUCCAGCAAUGCGUCGACUCCCUUAUAGCCAAAGCACGUCACCCAGGGCCCGAGGCUAUCGACGAGAUGGUCGAAUUACUAGGCAAAUGCCGAAAACUAGAGAACGAGUUCCGCCAGCUCAAAGACAAUAUAAAUCCACUGUGGAAAGUCGAGGUUGCAGAAUGGGUGUUCGAUCGAACUGACGAGGAGCUCGACACGGAGCCAACAUUCGAAGGCCCAGUCUACAAAUUCUACAACCUCCCUGUGGCCGUCCUUCAUAUAAUUUCGUGGUGUUUCCACCUAAACCUCAUUUCGACAAUGAUGCGCUGCAGCUCAUGGCUGGCUUCGGCUGGAAAGGAGGAAUUGGGGGUCCUGGAUGACUACGAAACACUGGCUCGAUUGUCAACUGACUGUGUCCACGACAUUGUCUCUGGGGUCCCAUACUUUUGCAACUGGAACGCAUACGGCGUCGUCGUCUCCCAGUUCCCUUGCGGCUUGACCAAGCCAGAUGACCCACUCAAAGGAGAAGCUGGGCUCAUCGUGAUGUGGCCCAUUGCUAUAGCAAUCAAGAGCGAUUACGCUACGCCGAGGCAGAGACGAUAUCUAAGGGGUCGCCUUCGUUAUAUUGCAGAUGUAUCUGGUAUCAAUCAGGCUCGUUAUUUCAUUAAUGAGGUGUAA